CUCUCUAGUUUCUCGCUCUAAAAGUAGUCCUUUCCUCGAAUUCAACCUUCGUAGCCAUGAAAGCUCAGCUUCCGUAAAACCCAGGGCUUGAGUUUGAGCUUUCACGUGGGUUCGUCGCUUGUGUUUUUUGGCUUCUCCAUGGAGAUGGAUUCAAUUGAAGUGAAUGAGCAAAUUAUGGAUUUGAGCGAGGGUGCAUCUGUGGAGAACUCGAUUUCUCUAGAAGGUUCUGUUUGUGACGUCUUUGGGGAACCAGAAAUACUUCCUAGGGUUGGAGAUGAGUACCAGGUUGAGAUUCCCUGUCUAAUUACAGUCUCUGAGUAUCUAAGGAUUUCACAGGACCCGGCUGUUUUAGAAAUCAAUGCUGAUGAUUGCCCUAAUAGUCUCAUUGGAAUGUCUAUAUCGUUGAUAUGGAUUAGUGAGGAGAAAAGUGAGACCCAAAGCCAUGCACCAGAGAAUGCUUUUGAUAGUGUUGAUGAAAGCAACAACAAAAAUGAAUCCCUAAAAUCCGAAUGCAUCAAAGAAGCCGGUAUAGUUUUAGUGGGGAACGCUUUAAGGACUAAAGUUGAGCUUGAGCCCCUAGAUGUUGCAUCAAUCAAUGGGACAAACAUUGGUGAAUCAGAAAACUUGGUUUUGCAGAGAGAUGAAAGGACCGAAUUGCAACCAAGUCACGGAGGAAAAGGGCACCGCCUCGUCCCCGGUUGCUUGGAUGAUAGCUGGAGUGACCAGGAGGAGGCUGCUUUUCUUCUUGGUUUAUACAUCUUUGGGAAGAAUCUUGUUCUGGUGAAGAAAUUUGUGGGGAGCAAGAAGCUGGGGGACAUAUUGUCCUACUAUUAUGGGAGAUUUUAUCGGUCUGACAGAUACCGUAGAUGGUCAGAAUGCCGGAAAAUAAGGAGUAGAAAGUGUAUAUAUGGACAAAGAAUCUUCACAGGAUUGAGGCACCAGGAACUGUUGUCUCGUUUGCUUCCCCGUGUGUCUGAGUAAUGCCGGAACACUUUUCU